AACUAGACAAACAAGUUAGAACAGAAGAAAAAAACUUUUCCGGUCAAAACCGUUUGAAAGCAGUUAACUUCCAUUAAUAAACAACAAAACUCUACUUAACUUCUAUAUGCAGUUAACUGUAUCCAUCUUCUUCUUCAACUUUCAUUUGAUCCAUUAUCUGAAGCUUUUCUCCACAAAAAUGCAAGAUCCGUCACAUCCAAACUCCGUUAAGUUACCGAAUCAACCGCCGUCGUCAUUUUCAGCUGCUGCAUUCCGUCCGUCUCACCACCGGCGAGCUCACUCGGAGGUGAACUUCCGGUUGCCGGAGGAUUUAGAUCUGGCAUCCGACCCAUUCGAUGCGCCGGCGGGAAGUUUCGAGGAGAUCGGAUCGGAGGAUGAUUUUUUCUCUACGUACAUGGACAUUGAGAAGCUCGGCUCCGGCGGUGGAUCUAACUCCGGCAGCGAUGCAGCAGCUGGUGGUCUCGAAAAUGCCGUUGGUAGUGGAGGGAGUAGUCGAGUGGCAGCUGAGAGUAGUGACGGAGAGAAAAGCAUGAUGAUGAAGCCACGUCAUAGGCAUAGUAAUUCAGUGGAUAGCUCAUCGAGUUUGUUGCUGAGUGAGAGUAUUGAAGCUAAGAAAGCUAUGGCUCCUGAUAAGCUGGCUGAGCUCUGGACUAUUGAUCCUAAACGUGCCAAAAGGAUUUUGGCAAAUCGGCAGUCUGCUGCUCGUUCUAAAGAGAGGAAGGCCCGUUAUAUAUCUGAACUUGAGAGGAAAGUUCAGACCCUUCAAACAGAAGCCACCACUCUUUCUGCACAACUGACCCUCUUCCAGAGAGAUACAACAGGGCUUACAAAUGAGAAUACCGAGCUUAAGCUCCGUUUGCAAGCUAUGGAACAACAAGCUCAAUUACGUGAUGCUCUGAAUGAAGCACUGAAACAGGAAGUUGAAAGACUUAAAAUAGCUACAGGGCAGAUAUCAGCCUCCUCAUCAGAUACAUACAAUUCGGGAAUGCAGCAAAUUCCAUAUAACCGACCAGCAUUCUUUCCUCAUCAGCCACAGCCAGGGCCAAGCGAAUUACCAAACAUACAGAUGCCGCAGUUUCACACCCUCCAGGGCAGCAUGUCUAAUCCCCGUGACCCUCUACUUGCUGGCCAUGCACAGGCUCUCACAGACGCAAUGCAACAAGAUCCUCUCGGUCAUUUUCAGGGUCUUGACAUCAACAGCAGGGGUUCUCAUCUUGUAAAAACUGAAGCCCCCUCUAUUUCUGCCAGUGAAAGCAGCAGUACGUUCUGAUUGAGUUGCCAAUUCGUGCAUUGCUCUCCCAACCCUAUUUAUUAAACUGUCCAUAGACUGACACAUGUUUAGCAUCCAGGAACUUCAGUAUUCUUAAAAUUUUUUGAUUACUUAUUUGUCCCAUUUGACUCAAGUUUAGGUUUCAGUAGCUUCAACAGGUCAUGAGGUAUUUCUGUUUCUCUUCAUUUUCUUUUCUUAAUCUGAAUCAAACCUUGUGGUUUAUUCAUGUAAUCUUUAGAGAAUAGAGAAGGUUGUCACUGCUGCUCGAUGGCUAUACGUUCUGGUGUGAGGUCUUCAGUGUCAUUGACAUUGUGUUAUUGCAUUUUCUAGUGUGUGAAGUAAGUCUGUUAGGCUAAUUAAUGCACUCCAUUCUUUGAGUAACUAAGUAUGACUCCACAAUUACUACUGAUAGUUUAUUGUUA